UGUGAGAUUGUUCCUGAAUUUGGAUCGUAUAUCCAUAUAUAUAUAUCCACUCCCUCGUCAUUUGUAUCCCCGAGCUACCGGAAAGAGCGAACCAAGAGCUUCCCCAUUAAUUUUACAUGACACUAGUCUAAAAGCCCCCUAUUAUCAUUAUCAUUAUUAUUAUUAUUUCUCUUUCAAGCUGCCAAUCUCCAAUCUCCAAUCUCUGAAAACAGAGAAAGAGAGGAUCCGCAUCAAACUUAUUACGAUUCAGUAACAAAUACAAGAAGAAGCCCAGAAUUUUGGAAUCUUGGUAUCUCGACGUCUUCUACUUCUUCUACUUCUCUUUCGCAAAAUCUUCCAAUUUUUAACUGCUGGAUUUUUCAUAUCUUCUAUCCUCAGAACAUUCCAUAACCAACCCCAAUAUCGUACCUGAAGAUCUCAUUUGCCGGUAAACUUUAAGCUACAGCCCUAUCUUCAAAUAGCUUCCUUCAGUCCCUUCAACAUUACAAUCAUGUCCGACGCCGAACUCGAUAGUCAAUUUGUGCCAAAUGGCAGGCCACAGUCGUAUGUUUCAUCAUUCUGAAAGCUGUGUUAUAUACUGAUGGAUAUUUAGUCAAAUGGCACGAUCAUUCGCUCUCGCUUUGGAUGACUUGUUCAAGCUUGACAACACUGAUGGUCUCGACGCUAUAGUCACAGAGAAGUAAGCCCCCUCAUUAUUCUCACAUACCACUCAAAUUUACCACUUCAGCAAUACUAACAAUGCAUUUUUUUGUCUAUUAGAAAGAAUGAGAUAUCCACAAAAACCUCCGAACUCGAAGAGUUAGAAGCCAGACUUAAAGCGACCGAGGAAAGAUUAAGAGCCAAACAAGCAGCAGUAACUCCGAGCAGCUCCCCACCAGGGAAAUCAAACUCCCAACAACAACGCUCUAUGAUGGAUCCUGUAAGCCCAUUAGAACCGAAAUUUGUGAACAAUCACCCAUCGCGGGGUGCUGAAACCAGCAGGAUGAAUCACCCAUCCAGGCCAGCUGCCCCAAGACAAGACCAAUCAUACACAACAGCUCUAGCAUCACAUAUUCCAGGAGAUUUACCACCCACUCCAGGGGCUAGUGAAGGUGAAUACGAAUCCGAUGAUGGGAAAAGGACCAGUGCUGACUAUGUAAUCGUUACCAAAGAUGGAGAUGUUCCACGGGCAGGUACCGAAUGAAUACGAUUAGUAUUAUUACACAACUUUAUACAUUCAACCCGCGUUGGGUCAUCGUACCAUUAUCGUUAUUGCUACAGCCGCACUCAUUAUUCUCCGACUGGUGGAUCAUUCAAUUGUUUGACCACAUCGUUACAUUCCUGGCGUUACCGGUUCCGGUUCCUGAACUCGACUUUGAUUACUGUCCCAUCUCCGAUUUUGAGAUACGAGCGAUGGAUAUCAGAAGAUGGGUUUGCGGGGUUUGCGUUGUAUAUACCAUGGACAAUUCCUAUAGAGAGAAGGAUCUUCUGGAUUUGGGUUCAAUCGAUUAAUGUUUACAGAAGAGUAUUGCUA